CAGAACCAGAAGGUGUGGGCCAAACAUAUGAGAUAUUUUUAACAAGGGAAGAGAUAAAAAUAAGAAGUGUUUGCUUCAUAUCCUUCACCCUGAUGUGAGAACUUUUGCCUGCAUAUGUUGCUCUGUAAGAUCGCUAUCAGAGAUGGAAGGAAGUUCUCCUCACAGUGCCCCAAACAGACAGGGAAGAGUUCUCAUUGGUUGUCAUUGCUGUCAACCAUCUUGGGCACAAAAGAAGCCAGUCACCUUAAAGGAAGAAGUGGUGAAAUUCUGUUCACACAGAACCAGACUCUGGACAAGCCAUUUCUUGUCUGCUCAUCUUACAGUGAAGGGGAGAGGCUGUUGGGAGUUGUACAGGAGGACAAAUGGAGAGAGAGAGAUGACAAUAUGCCAGGGAGGGCUGAGCAGCGGGCCAUUGUAAAACUGAAGGGACUUGGAUGGAAAGUCCUCUGACCCAUUCUGAAAAUAAUUAGUUUAUAGCAUUCAAAGAAUGGAGUUGUUCUAGAUAUUUGGGCAAAAUAAUUUUAAAAGAAGGAGAAAGAGGAAGAGAAGAAAGAGGAGGAGAGGAAGGAGGAGGGUGAGGAGAGAAAGGAGGAGGGUGAGGAGAGGAAGGAGGAAGAAGAGGAAGAAGAGAGUCCAUGAGAAAAGGGUCCAGACCAUGCAGGGUUUCCUUAAGACUUUCGGGUUAUUUGUUUUCAUUUGGUUUUGGUGCAGAAGAUGGAAACCAGGGCCUCAGGCAUACUAGAACUUGCUCUUCAGCUGAGCUACACUUGUUUUUACACUGAGACCCAGAGGACUUACACAGAGGCUGCCUCAUUGGGUGUGGCUUUCAAAGGCAUCUAUGAGACAGGAGAGCAGAUCAUGGAUUUUCUGAGAUGCUCUGUGCCUCUGCUCGUGGGAGGAUCAUGAGUGUCCUGUGUUUAUUACAUGUCCUUCCACCUCAGCCCCAAAGCUGUCAUUCUCCUGGCUGGUGUUUCAAGGGGAGGGGAGGGCAUUCUCAGGGCUCAGAGCAUUCUCAGGAAUUUUCCUCUUUCCCAGCUGGCUUUUCCCAUUCGGUAAUCAGCACAUAAAAACUGCCAAAAGGAAAGACUGUGGCAUACCCCUCCCCAUUCACCCCCAAGGCUCUCUGGCCCUUACCUAGACUGGGGCCAGCUAUGGGAACAGUCAGGAGACAGAGAGGACAUUUGAGGGGAGGGCCAGCCAGGCAGGGCGAUAUAAUAACAGCCUUGUUCAGGUGCUGUGGCUUACGUAACUAUUAUGCACAGCUUCAACCUGGCUGAGGGCCUGGACUGAGGGCUGGAGAUACACAGGUAGAAGCUGCCAGAAAAGCUGGAAAACUGCUAUCCAGACACAGUGGUAGGGGAGAAGGACCCUGAGGAAGAUUUUGGAAAUGUGGCUGAGCCAUAUCCCAGUAUGGGAGCCCCCAGAUCAUCACCCUGGGGGCUGGGUGGCUCUUUGUUGGCAGGUGGCUCAUGAAGAGUUGGCCCAAAGUUUUCAAAACUCCAGGGUUUCUCAAUCUUCCUCUAGUGGCCCACAGGACUCCUCCACCUCCACUUGCCAGCUUUAGGAUUGACACACAGCUGAGUUCCUGUAAAGGGGAUGGUGUGGGGGUGCAGGGAGUGGAGUGGGAUGGGUAUAAAAAGGAAGUGUGGGGCCCAGGAAAGAGGCCCUGUCUAAGCAGCUGGACGCUAGGAGCCCAUGGGCUCUGGGAAGAGGCUACUCAUGCCCUACUCUGCUGCAACCAGAAUGAGGGUGGCUUCAGCAGGCUUUGCGGUCCUGGUGCUGCUCCAGUGCUGCUCUGCAUACAAGCUGGUCUGCUAUUACACCAACUGGUCCCAGUACCGGGAUGGUGAUGGGAGCUGCUUCCCUGAUGCCAUCAACCGCUUCCUCUGUACCCACAUCAUCUACAGCUUUGCCAACAUAAGCAACAACGAGAUUGACACCUGGGAAUGGAAUGAUGUGACACUCUAUGACACAUUGAACUCACUCAAAAACAGGAAUCCCAAACUGAAGACCCUCCUGUCUGUCGGAGGAUGGAACUUUGGCUCUCAAAGAUUUUCCAGGAUAGCCUCCAACACUCAGAGGCGUAGGACUUUCAUCAGGUCAGUGGCACCGUUUCUUCGGACCCAUGGCUUUGACGGGCUGGAUCUGGCUUGGCUCUACCCGGGAUGGAGAGACAAGAGGCAUUUCACCACCCUGGUCAAGGAAAUGAAGGCCGAAUUCGCAAAGGAAGCCCAGCCAGGAACAGAGCAGCUCCUGCUCAGUGCAGCAGUGUCUGCAGGGAAGGUCACCAUUGACAGUGGCUAUGACAUCGCCCAGAUAGCCCAAUACCUGGAUUUCAUCAGCAUCAUGACCUAUGAUUUCCAUGGAGCCUGGCGCCAGACCACAGGACAUCACAGCCCCCUGUUCCGCGGCCAGGAGGACGCCAGUCCCGACAGAUUCAGCAAUGUUGAUUACGCCGUGGGGUACAUGUUGAGGCUGGGUGCUCCAGCCAGCAAGCUGGUGAUGGGCAUCCCCACCUUUGGGAAGAGCUACACUCUGGCAUCUUCUGAGACGGGUGUCGGGGCCCCAGUCUUGGGGCCAGGAUUACCAGGCCGGUUCACCAAGGAGGAAGGGACCCUCGCCUACUAUGAGAUCUGUGACUUCCUACGUGGAGCCUCGGUUCAUAGAAUCCUAGGACAGCAGGUCCCCUAUGCCACCAAGGGCAACCAGUGGGUGGGGUAUGACGACCAGGAGAGUGUCAAAAACAAGGUGCAGUACCUGAAAAACAGGCAGCUGGCAGGUGCCAUGGUGUGGGCCCUGGACAUGGAUGACUUCCGGGGCUCCUUUUGUGGCCAGAAUCUUCGCUUCCCACUCACCAAUGCUAUCAAGGAUGCACUCGCUGCUGCUUAGCCCACAGCACAUGGAUGGGGGGUCAAGGAUGCCCCACAUCCUCUAGCUCCAGCUGGCCAGGAGCCCUGCUAAGCCCCCCACUGAGUCUCAGUUUCCCUCCCUUGGAACCUUUUCAGAGGAUCACAGCACUGAAGAUUAGAGCUCAGUCCUGGUGGGCAGGGAGGUAGGGCGGGGCUAUGUGGUUACUGAAGGAUGAGGACCAGCAGUGUAAGACCCAGGAUCAGUACCUAACUGUUGAUGAAUAGAAAUGCUUAAACUCCAAGCCCCGCACAGGGUGGUUUCUUCAACUCCCUAUCCCCAGUUCCCCUUAUCAAAGGACACCAUCUGGCAAGCCAUAUCACAAAGAGAUGAAGUGGCUAUACUAAUUAUACCCCUGCAAAGCCCAACUUGAAAUCUUCUCUUAGGAACAUAAUCGCGUCUCCCAUCCCACUUCCCUUUCCUAAUUCCACAGCUGCUCAAUAAAAAGUACCAGAGCUUAACAACGGGUUGCACUUGCUUCAGUCUAUCUUUGGGGGCACACUGGACCACUGUUCUCACCUCCCCCAUCUUUUGUGUGUGUGUAUGUGGUACUGGGGCUUGAACUCAAGGUCUCAAUCUUCACUCUACCACCUGAGCCAUGCCUCCAGCCCUUUUGUUUUUAGUUUGUUUUUCAGAUAGGGUCUCCUACUAACUUUGCCCUCAUCUGGCCUUGUUCAGAGAUACUCCUAUAUCUCCCCUUCCCAAAUAGGUGGAAUUAAGGCAUGUAGCAUGCAGCCUGCUCACCCAUCUUUUCUAGAUUCCUCUCUCUGAGGCUUGGGAGCCCUGAGCUUGCAGAGGUGAGGCCAUCAUGUCAUCUAUUGGGUCCCAAAGAGUCCCAACAAAGGGGCAGCAUCAUCAGAUUUACCUGCCUUGAAUUUCACCCAAGCAUGGCUGAUGGCCUUCCAGAUACCAAAGCCAUUGCCAACCAGACUUCCAAAUUAAGUUCCUUGUUGAAAGAAACCACUUCUGUUUCCUGAAGGCUAGCAGCACCUUCUGGAAGGUGGUGGAGUCGACCACAGGGCCCUGUGAGAGGCACUGAACCCCAGACUCUCAGAGCAGGAAGGAGAGCUCUCACACACCCUCCUUGCUGCCAGGGCUGGAGUCUGCCUGGGCCCUUGAGAGAUGGCCUUCCAGCCUCUCAAUACUACCAGCGAUCUGCAGUUCAGUAUCUUCCGGGCAGCCCAUUUUUUAUGGCUGGGGCAAAACCUGCCAGUUAUCCAGUGCUGUCCUUGUUCCCAGCCUUCUAUCCUUGUCUCACUCCCCGCUCACACGUGUUUCUCAACCCAAGCAGAGAUCAAAGCAUCCCUGCUCUAACUGGCCUGAGGCAGGAGGGGGAGGAUGGACAGAACAGGAUCAGAAUUGCCUCAGAAGGCCAGCCAGCUUUCCAGCCUUUAUGGAGUAGUGAUGCUCUCACCAACCUUCUGCGACUUUGACGGCUUUGGACAUGACUUUAUCCAAAAACAACCCAGACAUGUACGCCAAAACUAAAGAG